AUGUUUUGGAUGCAACCAACUCUUAUUGAGCUAAAUCCACCAAUAAAUAUUGUUGGCGAUAUUCAUGGACAAUUUGAAGAUCUUAUUGCAUUGUUCACCUUGAACGGUUUCCCACCAAAUAAAAAAUAUCUUUUUCUUGGUGAUUAUGUUGAUCGUGGUCCAUAUUCACUUGAAGUAAUCGUACUGCUAUUUGCUUAUAAGCAGAAUAAUAUAUGA